CGGAUCCGUGUCACCUUCACUGAUACCUGUCCUGCUUUUACACCCUCCUGCGAUGAUAAUAGAGCCAAAGAGCGGUGCGGUCUGAGCCAUGAGUCGGUUUCGGGCCCUAGCGUGUGUGUUGAAGGGUGGGCGUGUUGGGGGGAGGCAGUGGCUACGAGGGUGUGUAGGAGGAGGAGGAGGAGGAGGAGGAGGCCCGACCAGGCGCUGGGUUGAUCCCAGAAGAAGCUGCUCCUCCGAGGUUGCCCCUGUUCCCUCAGCCGUGGCCAACAGCUCCAGCUAUGUGGAGGAGAUGUACUUUGCCUGGUUGGAGGAUCACAAAAACGUCCACGAGUCUUGGGACACAUUCUUCCGUAACAUCCAGGCCUCCAGUCCGUCUGGCGAGGCGGGUGAGAGACGGCCCUCCGCUCUGCUCCAGGGCCGAGUGCUGUCCCACUCACCAGACGUGGCGCAGAAAGUGGUGGAGGACCACCUGGCAGUGCACACGCUCAUUAGAGCCUACCAGAUUCGUGGUCACCAUGUCGCCCAGUUAGACCCGCUGGGAAUCCUGGAGGCUGACCUGGACUCCUUCGUUCCCUCUGACCUGAUCACCACCAUUGAUAAAUUAGGUUUCUACGGUCUGGAUGAGUCUGACUUGGACAGGACCUUUCAGCUGCCCCCCACCACCUUCAUCGGUGGAGGAGACGCCACUCUUCCUCUCCGAGAAAUCAUACGCAGACUGGAGACGUCCUACUGCGGUCACAUAGGGGUCGAGUUCAUGUUCAUCAACAACGUGGACCAGUGUCAGUGGAUUCGUCAGAAAAUCGAGACUCCGGGAAUCAUGCGGUUCACCAAUGCCGAGAAGAGGACUCUGCUCGCCCGCCUGGUCAGAUCCACGCGGUUUGAGGACUUCCUGGCCAGGAAGUGGUCGUCAGAGAAACGUUUUGGUCUGGAGGGCUGCGAAGUGCUCAUCCCUGCCCUUAAAACCAUCAUCGACAAGUCGAGUGCCGCCGGCAUUGACAGCGUGAUCAUGGGGAUGCCUCAUCGGGGUCGACUGAAUGUCUUGGCCAAUGUGAUCCGUAAGGACCUCGAUCAGAUCUUCUGUCAGUUCGACUCCAAGCUGGAGGCCGCUGAUGAGGGCUCAGGCGAUGUCAAAUACCACCUUGGGAUGCACCACGAGAGGAUCAACCGUGAGACGGACAAGAACAUCACACUGUCGCUCAUGGCGAACCCCUCCCACCUGGAGGCGGUGGAUCCAGUGGUUCAGGGCAAGACCAAAGCUGAGCAGUUCUACAGAGGAGACACCCAGGGAAAGAAGGUGAUGUCCAUCCUGAUGCAUGGGGACGCUGCUUUUGCCGGACAAGGAGUUGUGUAUGAGACUUUCCACCUCAGUGAGCUCCCCUCCUACACCACACAUGGUACAAUCCAUGUGGUGGUCAACAACCAGAUCGGCUUCACCACGGACCCUCGCGUGGCCCGCUCCUCCCCCUACCCCACUGACGUUGCUCGGGUCGUCAAUGCGCCCAUCUUCCACGUGAAUGCCGAUGACCCCGAGGCUGUCAUGUACGUGUGCCGGGUGGCUGCAGAGUGGAGGGCCACCUUCAACAAGGAUGUCGUCAUUGACCUGGUUAGUUACAGGCGGUUUGGCCACAAUGAGAUGGACGAGCCCAUGUUCACCCAGCCACUGAUGUACAAGCAGAUCCGUCGGCAGGAGCAUGUGCUGAAAAAGUACUCUGACAAGCUCAUUGCUGAGGGUGUGGUGACACUGCAGGAAUUUGAGGAAGAAGUUGCCAAAUAUGACAAGAUAUGUGAGGAGGCAUACACCAGCUCCAAGGAUGAAAAGAUUUUACACAUUCGAGACUGGCUCGACUCCCCCUGGCCGGACUUUUUCACAGCAGAGGGAGAGCCCAAGAGCAUGAGCUGUGUCCCCACAGGACUGGAUGAGGAGGUCCUGCAUCACAUCGGCCAGACAGCCAGCUCAGUCCCUCUGGACGAUUUUAAGAUCCACCCUGGUGUGUCUCGUAUCCUGCGUGGUCGUGCCGACCUGGUGAAGAAUCGACAAAUGGACUGGGCUCUAGGAGAGUACAUGGCGUUUGGUUCCCUUCUCAAAGAGGGCAUCCACGUACGCCUCAGCGGGCAGGAUGUAGAGCGAGGCACCUUUAGCCAUCGCCAUCAUGUUCUCCAUGACCAAGAGGUGGACAAACGUUUCUGUGUUCCCAUGAACCACCUGUGGGACAACCAGGCUCCGUACACUGUCUGCAACAGCUCCUUAUCGGAGUAUGGAGUGCUAGGUUUUGAGCUCGGCUUUGCCAUGGCGAGUCCAAACGCUCUGGUCCUCUGGGAGGCCCAGUUCGGAGACUUCCACAACACAGCCCAGUGUAUCAUUGACCAGUUCAUCAGUCCGGGCCAGGCCAAAUGGGUCCGCAACAACGGCAUCGUCCUGCUGCUGCCACAUGGGAUGGAGGGAAUGGGUCCAGAACAUUCAUCAGCCCGGCCCGAACGCUUUCUGCAAAUGAGCAAAGAUGAUCCCGAUCACUUCCCUGAGUUCAGUGGAGAUUUUGAAGUCCAGCAGCUGUACGACUGUAACUGGAUUGUGGUCAACUGUUCCACGCCUGCUAACUACUGUCAUGUGCUCAGAAGGCAGAUUCUGCUUCCAUUCAGAAAACCGCUGAUCAUUUUCACUCCGAAGUCUCUGCUGAGGCACCCGGACGCAAGGGCCAGUUUUGAUGACCUCGCCAAAGGAACUAAAUUCAAGAGGUUGAUUCCAGACGAGAGCCCUGCCGGUCAAAACCCAGCCCAAGUGAAGAGGGUGAUCUUCUGCACUGGGAAAGUCUACUAUGAACUGUCUAAAGAGAGGAAACGGCAAGAAUUAGAGAAAGACAUCGCCAUCAUCAGACUUGAGCAGAUCUCCCCGUUCCCAUUCGACCUGGUCCGAGCGGAGGCAGAGAAAUACGCCGGCGCGGAGCUGGUCUGGUGUCAGGAGGAGCACAAGAACAUGGGCUACUAUGAUUACGUCCGGCCGCGUUUCCUCACAGUCGUGGCCAACAAGAGGCCCAUUUGGUACGUGGGGCGGGACCCCGCAGCAGCUCCUGCGACGGGGAACAAAUCCACCCACCUCAAUGAGCUGAAGAGGUUCAUGGACACGGCUUUCAACCUGAGCGCCUUCCAGGGGGCGGACAUGUGAGCGGGAACUGGAACAAGAACCGGGCCGGAGGUGCAGUUUCAUCUCCAAACAACAUAGUCGAGUUUUGGUGUGGCAUAUUUUAAAACUCUUUUUAACUUCGUGACAAUCUAGCUCGUAGCCAGGUGAUUUUAGCAAACACCAUUUCAACCUCUUGUAGUUGAAGACUGCCCGGAUCGGACAGCACAACAACAUCAGUAUUGCCACUCUGUCAGAUUAAGUGAUCAUUGUACUGUUAAGGUUGAAUGUAUGUUGCAUCUUGACAACUCAGUGUGCAGUCUUGCGCGACCUGCGAUAACUAUGAUAUGCCGAGAAAAGGCAAAGAACUGGGACUCCUCACCACUGUCCUAAAUGAAUCGCUUGUCUUCCACUGUGACACGAGACACAGGACAGAACGACCAAUUGUCUGAAACUUUCACUGUCGUCUCCUGGCCACGUCCUUUGUCAAGUGAAAUCAAGUCAUUUUCAUUUAUACAACCCAAGAUCACCCAAACCUCUAUCACCCUCUGUCCCCACAGCCUCGAUUCUGAGAAGGUAAACCUUUCCAAAAAACUGAUUUUCUGCAACUUUGUUCAGCAAACACUAUUCAGCACCCAAAUGAGGGCUUUAAGCGUACAUAUACACCUCAAAGAUUUUUUCCAAACAGAACUACACGUUUCAGCGAUUAGUUACACUUGUGGUGCUACACUUCCUACACCUUUAUUUCAAAAUAAAAGAAAGUAUUACAGAAGUUUAAAUGUAACCUCUCAGUCAACGGAAUUGUCACCUUGUUAAGUGGUGAAGUAGCAGUAGUACUGUCUUUGUAACUGUUUUAUCAUCCACACACCAAACUCCAGAUUUGUGACAAUCACUGGUAUUAGAAUAGCUUUAGAACUGUGGGUACCUCCAUCGCUGCCACGCUGAAUACUAGUCUAUAUUUGUAGUAUCGAUAUGCAUUUGUAUUGAUUUUUGUAGAUGAAUAGGAGAAGCUACGAGACGCACACAAAACACCAACUGGUGUACUUAAACGUCGAAUGCGAUUCACAUAUCACAGGUAUGAAGACUGCUGUGAAAAUGUUACACAUCGGCAGGUCUCGUGCCUGUAUCAGCUUUGGCUACCUUGGCUGUUACUGAAGGAGGCUGUAUUUAUUGUCACGCCUCACUUCACCAGGAGACAUGAGCCAGCUGGCACAGAGACUUGCAGCCAUGUUUUCUACUUAGGACAUACGGCUCGGCUCCCUCUGUGGAGGCUGAGGGAUGCGCACACACAUAAACGCCACACGAAAAAAAAAACAAAAAUAAAAACACACACAGCAAGGCUUUGGAUGCUUGGAGAGCGGUAUUGACGCCUGGCUGUCACAUUCAAAUCCCCAGGUGUUUGACAGAAUUGAUAUUAGUUACCACUGUGCGUAGAAAUGCUCAAUAAACGAUGCUUCCUGUUUAGAUCUACUGUAGCUUACUGUUUCCACUUCCAGCUGGGGAGAUUUAACUAUAAGCCAUGCACAAAUGUAAUUUUACAUCUUUAAUGAUUUUUAAAAGAGGGUGUGUUAGUUUUAUUGAUGGGGGAAAAAAUGUUUUCCUCAUAUUAGUGUGGAUAUUGAAACAUAUGCACAACCUUAUGGAACCGUUCAUGGGAAUAAUAAAAUAUGCAAUAAAAUAUAUUUAAGUUUAAUAACGUGU